CCUCUUGGGCUUCACCAUCCCCAAGGGCACGACCGUGAUCCCCAACCUCUUCGCCGCCCACCACGACGAGGGCAUCUGGAGCCGCCCCCUGGAGUUCAGGCCAGAGCGGUUCCUGGAGGCGGACGACCCCCGGCUGGCCCAGCGCAACCUGCUGCCCUUCAGCUGUGGGGCCCGGGCCUGCCUGGGGGAGACCCUGGCCCGGGCCGAGAUCUUCGUCUUCCUCGGGCACGUCCUGCGCGAGUUCCGGCUGGAGCCGCCUGUGACCGGCGCCCUCCCAGUCCUGCGGGGCGUGUAUGGCACCGUGGUGCGGUGCCCCCCCUUCCGCGUCCGCUUCCUACCCCGGGGGCCCCCCCUGAGCCUCCCUGAGCCCCUAGUGACCCCAUAG